GCCGAUUGCAACAUCUGCGCAGGUAUCCUUUCUGAGAGUGUCAGUACCCUGGGAGCGGAGAAUGAAAAGCCAUUGCUGCGAUAAAUAUGGACACAGAUGAGCCUGCUUCUGCACAGUCCCUCGCCUUCACUCCAGCAGAUCGAAUCACCGAACUGAACGAGAUCGAUCGGUCUAUUGCUACGCUACUAUCUGCUGCGUCCGACGCUAUCGGCAUACUGUCGAAUCAACCGAAUGGCGAGAAGCAAGAAAGGGCUUUGCAGAACUCUGCAACCGCGCGCACGGCGUUCAGCGCAGCCGCGGAGACCUACUUUUCUACCCUGUCCUCGAUCGAAGUGCGACUGCGACGGCAAGUCUACGCUUUGGAAGAAGCCAACCUCAUUAGACCGGGCGAUGAGAGAGACAGCAGAAGAGGCAGGGUGCUGGGCGGCGACAGCGGUCCAUCUAGAGUCGGAGGCGGUCCACUAGACCCAAGCUGGCUGAGUGCAAGGGCGAGCGGAAAGGUAGACGCCGGAAUGAAAAGAGAACUCCUGAGUCAAGCACGGGAAUUCGUGGAAAGAGCAGACAAAAGCACACAGGACUGGCCUAGCAAAAUUAGCAAUAUCCAAGACCUUGACAAGGACAUGGGCUGAAAUACUCUGGAAGCCUCUGUGAUUACCAUACGAAGGGACCAAGUCUCGCGGAAAGUGAGCUAUCCAGUCACCGCUACUUUGGAAAACAAAUGAGUCCUGCUCGGCUGCGAUGCAAUCUGGACAACACAGCUAACAGACCAGAGUUGUCAACGCGCUGCAAAAGGUCACUGUCAACACUGACAAGGAGCACUCCUGCUUCAUGCUUGUAGCUACGAGCCGCGUCUGCCGCUUGACCUGCCUAAGAGCUGGAUGUUUGAAUUUAUCACCAGCACCGAAGCGAUUGCAGCGGG